CCCACUUGGAUUAUUUGUUAGAUCCACCUGGCAAUGAAUGCAGCCCAGAAGAGGCAAAAGUCAAGGCAGUUCCCAUGGCUACAGAGAAGGGGGGCCAUUGGCUGCAUCAAGGUAGUCCUGAGGCCGCUACUGCUGCAAACCCAGCCAGGCAGAGUGUGGAUCCCAGCAAAGGCCCUGCCAGCCGCCUGAGAAAGCUAGCCAUGGAGGAGAUCGUCAUCAGAGACCACCUAGGCCAAGAGGUGGGCUGCAUGGAUGCUGUUGGACAGAACCAGAGCUCCCUCGAGAAGGAAGAGGAGCUGGAGGGUCCCACCAACUUGGGGGACAGCUGUGAUCACUGGAGUCAGGUUGACGGUGUCUCAGAUGAAAAGGAAGCCAUUGGAAAUGGGCAGGUUGACGAUGUCUCAGAUGAAAAGGAAGCCAUGGGAGAAGGUUCACUUGCCCGUGAGCUCGGCAGCCGCGAUGGCCCGGAAGGGCAAUCUCCCACUUCCCAGGAUCCCUCUGGGGUUCUGCAGAAUGAGAACCGUGGUCCCAAGGGGCAAGGAGAUGAACUGCUGGAGAUGGACGCUCUGGCCAAGGAAGCAGGUGGGGUGGACGUGGGGCCGAAGGCGUUGCCAGAACAGGGUGCCCAGGAGAUGGAGCCCACCCUGGCCACAGGUGAGGCACCUAUAGCAGAAUCUGUUGAGCAGAGUCAGGGAAGUCAAAUGAAGACGCCGGAGUGGCAGAAGUCAAGGGCCAGAGAGGGAGGACAGGGACACCAGAGACCAGGGUCUCAGCUGGAGAAACUCGCACCAUCUCUUCCUCACCAGUUUCCUCCUAGGCAAGAAGUGAAGGAUCUGUCCUCUCAGGGGGAAGCCUUUCUAGAUCCAGUCUUGCCACCUUCAGCAACGCAGAUGCUGGCAAUGUCUCAGGAUAAGAUCCCUUCUCUACAAGGCACAAAGGAAUCUCUUUUGGAUCAGAUCCCAGCCUCUUUUCAGGAAAACGAGGGUCCCCUCCUAAAUCCAGAGCUGCCAUUUUUAUCAAACCGGAGUCCAUUACCUCCUUUGAAUCAGAAUUCUUUUUUACCGGAAAGUAAAGGAUCCAUUUUAGAUCAGACCCUGUCCUCCUUGCCAGAAUGCCUUUCAGAACAAAACCUACCCUCUCUGCAAGAUCCUGUUUCCUCUUCUCUAGAAACAAAACCAUCCCCAUUACAGGGCAAGAUCCCUCCUUUGUCGGAUGUGAAACACUCCGUGAUGGACCAAGUUCCAUCAUCUCUGCAUGAAGCUAAUGAGACAUUUUCAUUCUGGAGCCAAACGUGCACCAGAACACAAAUCACAUCUCUGCUAGACCGGCCCGUUUCACCUCUGCCAGAAAUGGAACCAUUCGUGCUAGAACAUAUUUCUUCCUCCGGGCAUGAAAUGGAGAAAACAAUCACUCCACAGGGACAAGGACUUUUCAGGCAUGAGGUGGAUGGAUCCCUUCCAGAGUCAUUCCCUUCUUUAACCAACCAUCUCUCUUCUUUGCCUGAUCAAACUGUUCCCCUUCAGGAGGCUAAAAUAUCAGCUUUGGAAGAGACCUCAGUACCCCUGCAGGAGCCAAUGCCAAUGGCUCCAGAGGCCAAGGUCCUUCCUUUGCCAGAGGGUGAUGUCUUUCUUCCAAGCCAGGUUCCACUCUCUGUGGGUGACCCAUGUGAGAGUCCAAUAGUUCUCCUGGACUGCGCCCUACCAGCUCUGCAGGACACGGAGUCAACCUCUCCAGUGAGCAAGAACCCUGCGUCUUCCUUGCAAGAGGUCGAUGGAGCUCUUCCAGGUGAGAUUCAGGCACCCCUGCCAAGCCACACCUCACCUAAUCUCCCUGAAGAUGAGGGAUCCUCUCCGGAUCAGGUUCCACCAACUUCGGAAGACCAAACGACGACCUCUCAGCUGGGACAGGCUCCAUCUUUUCAGGAAGCCGCAACAUCUCUUCCAGAAGGACAGAACUCCUCUGAUCCUCCUGAAGAAAAGUUUAAUGUGGCAGAACCAACCCCACCCCCUAACAAAGCCCAGACUCCCGUGCUAUCGGACGCGUCCAUCUGUCCCCAUGCUCUGCCCUUGUCCAGCCGAGAGUCCCUCCAGCCACUCCUGGACACGACCGAAGCGCUGGAAACGCUGGAUGCAAAAGGAAGCGGCGCCAGCGUGGCCUCGGCAGGAGCAGGAGAGGUCACAGACGUCCUGGAAAGCCUCCGCGCCGAGCAGCAACCUCUGCUGCAAGAAGACAAGGUGCCGGGAGCCCCCUUGGACAUUUCUGUUGGAGAGCCGCAGCCCAAGGCUGGGAUUUUGAAGCCCCCGGGGGCCACAAGCCAGCAAGCUCCAAACAACAUCAGCCACCCCUCUGCCAACACUGCCUACUCCCCACAGCUCCAGGCUGCUCCGCCCCGCCAAGGGCAAGACCAAGAGCCCGAGAGGGGCAAGCACAAGUCCUGCCAGUGCUGCACGCUCAUGUGAGACCCUGGUGGAGAUGCCCUCCUCAAGGACAGUUUUCUUUCCGGUCCCAAAUGGGCCACAUCCCAGCCUACCUGUAGUCCAGUGCAGGCAUCCCCCAGCCCCUUUACUUCCUUGGCGGGACACAAUGCUGGCUAUUGGCAAAGGGGCCAGGAGGGUAUGCUGUGUCACUCACUAAUGGAGGACGCGCAUUUCAAGAGUGGCCUGGCCGCUCCGCUUUUGUGCUGCAGCUGCCCUCCUUGAAAUGAAGGAGGAGGAGAGACACGAGCAUCCCUUCUUCUGCUUGGGAGGUUCCUCUGCGUCCAUUUACAGACCUGCAUCCACACCGACACACUGGCAUUUGGACAGAAAUGGUACCUUAGCGAGCACCCGCCUCAGAAUACCUGGCACGUGGGCCUGGUGUGCACUGGAACAGAGGACCACCCUUCCUUUCAUGAGCAUGCAGUUCACCCUCCUUUGGCAUGCAUGUGCCCUGUGCAUUCAGAAUACACACAUCCAUGCACCAGUGUUACUUAUUUCCCUACGCCAGAGGUGUCAAACUCGCAGCCCUCCAGAUGUUCAUGAACUACAAUUCCCAUCAGUCCCUCCCAACAUGAGCAUUAGGUAUACUGGCAAGGGCUGAUGGGAAUUGGAGUUCAUGAACAUCUGGAGGGCCGCGAGUUUGACACCUGUGCCCUACGCAGAUGCAAACAUCCAAUCACGCUGGCAGCGCAUCCAUGUGCAUUUAGAGUAAGCCCAUUCCAGUACAAAAAGGCAUGCUCUCAUGUGCUUGUACAUAGCAUCCAGAGGCCUGACCAUUGAGACACAUAUAUGCAUGUAGACCUCUGACAUUGCAGCUUUCUGCAUGCUCCUGAAUCCGUCCGCCAUCUUGGCUUUUCUGACCAAAUCAGUCUGGACACGGCCCAUGGACCGGGCAAGAGCGUCUCCCCUUUCUCCAGACUUGUUUCCGUACUCUUAUAUUCCUUCUGGGCGACCUUGGGCAAGUCACAGUUCUCUCUGAUCUCUCUCAGCCACACCUGUCUCACAAGGGGUCCGUUGUGGGGAGAGGAAGGGAAAGGAGCUUGUAAGCCACC